UGCUUUGUUGGUAACUCAGUAGGCGUUUCCAAGUCCAGUAUUCAGAGAGACGAAAGAAGCUGCUGCGUACAGAAAAUGGCUGACAGAUUUUCUAGGUUCAACGAAGAACGUGAUUUCCAGGGGGGAAAUCACUUUGACCAGUAUGAAGAGGGCCAGUUGGAGCUGGAGCAGGCGUCCCUGGACAAGCCCAUAGAAUCGGAUAACAUUGGGCACCGGCUGCUUCAGAAACAUGGCUGGAAGCUGGGGCAAGGACUGGGCAAAACCAUGCAGGGACGCACCGACCCUGUGCCCAUCAUCCUUAAAUAUGAUGUCAUGGGGAUGGGACGCAUGGAGAUGGAGUUGGAUGUUGCCGAAGAUGCUACAGAGAAGAGGAAAGUGCUGGAGGUGGAGAAGGAAGUCACAGAGGAAUUACAGCAGAAAUACAAGGACCAGGUGGAAAAGGAGAAGGCCAUCGCCAAAGCCCUGGAAGACCUGCGGGCCAACUUUUACUGUGAGCUGUGUGAGAAACAGUACCAGAAGCACCAAGAGUUUGACAACCACAUCAACUCGUACGACCACGCUCAUAAGCAGAGGCUUAAGGAGCUGAAGCAGAGGGAGUUUGCGAGAAACGUGUCAUCACGCUCCCGGAAGGGUGGGAAGAAGCAGGAGAAGCUGCUACGCAGGCUGCAUGAGCUGGCUGAGCAGAGGAAACAGCAGAACUGUACUCCGGGAAGUGGUCCCAUGUUCAAACCCACCACCGUGGCAGUAGACGGAGAGAAGGGUGAAGAGGGGAGUGCUGUAACCCCUGAGUAUGUCCCCCCUGCAGACACUGCCAUGGAGGGCUUGUCAGUGGAGGAGAAGAGCAGUGGGGGUCAGGCCCCCCCCAAACCAGCCCCCACCGUCAGCUUCUCCCUGGGGAAGAGCAGCUCAUCCCCGGCCGGGGCCUCCAAGGUCAGCGUGUCCUUCUCCUUCGCCAAGAAACCCCCGGUGAAGCUGGAGACGGUCGCAGCAGUGUUCGCUAAACUCCAUCAGGAUGACGAGGAGGAGGGGGGUGGACAGGAGGAGGGAGGGGAGAAGGCCGUGAGACAGGAGGAGACGUCAGGCUGCAGCACCGAGAGCCCCAAGGGAGGAGGGGGUAAUGGAACAGCAGGGCCAGAGGAGGAGGAGGAGGAGCAGCAGGAGGAGCAACUACAUCAAGAACAACCAGAGCAGGAGGAAGAGGAUGAUGGCGCCUCCCUAGCCUCCACUCUCAACAAGCUGAAGAUGAUGAUGAAGAAGGAGGAAGGCUGGGCCGGCCAGGAGCCUGAGUACUACCACUACAUCCCACCAACUCACUGCAGAGUCAAACCCCGCUUCCAGUUCCUGGUGUUCAUGAAGGCCACAGACCAGUGUGAGAUCAGGGAGCAAGAAGAAGAUGAACAAGAGAAGGAAGAAAAGGUGGUAGCAGAGGUUUCUGAGCAGACACAGCCAAAAGCUACUGAGUGCAAAUCAGAGGAGCCAGAGAGAACUCCUGCAGCUCCAGUCACAGAGCCCAGUCCUACUCCCACAGUCACAGAGCCCAGUCCUACUCCCACAGUCACAGAGCCCAGUCCUACUACCACAGUCACAGAGCCCACUCCUACUCCCACAUCACCUAAACUGAAGACUGAAGAGGUCUCUGCCAGCUUCACAGACCCUCCUCCCACAACGGCCCCUACGCUAGAACCAGACAACAAGCAGGAGGCCCCAGUCCCAGAGCCCAACUUGGGCCCCAAAAUCCCCACCGGUCCCUUCUUCCUGGUCCUGAGCAAAGACGAGAGCACCACUCUGCAGUGGCCCUCGGAGCUGCUGGAUUUUACCAAGGCUCAGCCCGCCCUCUCUUACAGCUGCAACCCCCUGUACUUCGACUUCAAACUGUCCCGCAACAAAGGGGCCCGUGCUGGACGAUCAGCAAAGUCCUCCAAGCCUCCUGGUGAAGGAGCUGAGAAAAAAAACAAUCCUGAGGCAGCUGCUGCAGUCAAUGAGGGGAAUGCUGCUGCUGCCACCACCACCCCUGGGCCCAGCACUGACAACACUGGUAAGGUGGAGCCCUCCUUAAAAAUAGAGGGUUCCCAAGGGGAGACUGAGGAGCAAAAGCUACAGAGUAGCACAAGCGGAGCCAAGAAGAAGAAAAAGAAGAAAAAGAAGAAGCAUAAGAAAUCUGGCAAAGGCUCCAAGCGCAAAGAAAAAGAGAAGGGAGCCGUAGUCGACGGGGACGCGGAAACUGAGAUCCUAGGAGAGAAAACCAAAAAAAAGAAAAAACACAAACGAAAGAAGAGCAAAAACAAAGGUGAGGAGGGGGAAGAAGGAGGUGGUGGUGAUAAGGAAAAGCCUAAAGAGGAAAAAGCAGUAGCCGCAACGGUUUCUAGUGCUCCCCCAGCACCAGCAGGAACAGGAACGGAACCUGGGAAGAGGAAACGACCAGCCAAAGAAGCACUUCAGAAGUCCGGGGCAGAGGAAGGUGGGGCAGGGAAAGGUUCUGACGAGGCCAAGCCCUCUGAGGAGCAUAACGGCACCAAGCGUCUGAAGACAGACCCCAGCGCCCCACCCAGCGCUUCCUGCUCCUCCUCGGCCCAGAAGAGCCCCGGGCCAGGCAGACCACCCAGCAGUGAGAGUGAGGAGGAAGGAGGAGGAGGCUCGGCUUCCCGAUCCAGCCGCCGUAGGUCCACGCCCCGGGAGGGGCACCGGCACCAGAGCGAGGACUCCGGCCGCUCCCGAAGCCACUCGUCGCAUCGGGGAGACGGGCGAGGGAGCAGCCGGCGGCGGCGGCACCGCGGCCAGGCCUCCCGUAGCCAGUCAGACUCCAGCAGCUCAGAGCGCUCUUCGAGCGCCUACAGCCGGCGCAGCCGCAGCUACUCAGACAGUUACAGUGACGACAGUGACGGGGGGCGCCACCGGAGACACUCUAAACACUCCUCUGACUCCGAGUACGAUCGACGGGGAAGCGGCGGGCGGCGGCGCUCCAGAAGACGUCACUACUCGUCCUCAUCCUCGGAGGACUCUCGCUCCCGCUCACGCAGCCACAGCCGCAGGAAGAGGCACCAGCGGCGGCACCGGAGCAGCUCUCGGAGCUCUAGCAGCAGAAGCCGCAGCAGCAGCGCCAGGUCAUGGAGACGCAGCUACAGCCGCAGUCACAGCUCAGCCAGCCGCUCCUCCAGCUCCACCAAGGGCUCCCCUCACCGGGGUCGGGGAGGCCGGGGGGCCCACAGGGACCGGGCAGACAGCGCCACACGGCGUCGAGACUUCAACCGCUCCUGCAUCUACCGCUCCCAGUCCCCCCGCUCUGCCUCAUCACGAGCCCCAAACCGCAACAGCAGCUCCCAGAGCCAGAGGGCAGGGGGGUCCCGGGGAGAAGGAGACCAGAGGAACUCUUCCUCACACUUCACCGCCCGCCAGCUUCUGGAUAAGAUCCAGUCCAGGAAGGGAUCUGAUGUCCCAACCACAGGGACCAAGACUGGCGCCAAGAUCAAGGACCCACCAUCGGGCUACUUUGGGCCCAAACUGCCUCCAGCUCUGGGCAAUAAGUCCAUGCUGCCCCUGUUCGGUAAGCUGCAGGCAGGGAAGAAAUUCCCUGCGAUCCCCCUGACCCGGCCUGAUGGUGGAGAGAAGUCAUCAGCAGGGAAAGGUUCAGAUGCCGGGGCAGAGGUCAUCCUGAUGGAGCCCAUCCGGGAGUUCCCCCCACCACCUCCCCCUCAACCAGCUCAUAAGAAAGUGGAGGAGACUGUAGUAGUAGUUCAGGAGGCCCGCCACCUCACCCUGGACGCACGGGUUCUUCAUGAGCCCCGGCCGCUGUUCCAUCAGGAGCCCUCCAUGCUGAUGCCCCCAUACCAGGGCGAGCCGGGACAGGACCCCUCCCAAAACCCCAUGAUGGAGCCCCUCAUGCCCGACAUGCAGCAGCAGCUCCCCCCCAUGCACGCCUACCCCAACUACCCCCCGCCCAGCCUGGAGGAGGAGGACAUGGGCAUGGAGGCAGAGGAGGACGGUCUGGCCCCGCUGGAGAGCCAGCCCAUCACCUUCACCCCAGAGGAGAUGGAGAAGUACGGCAAGCUGCAGCAGGCUGCCCAGCAGCACAUCCAGCAGCAGCUCUUGGCCAAGCACAUCAAGACCUUCCCCUCAGCCGCAGCAGCACAGGCUGCAGCGAACAUGGCUGCAGCAGCGAACCAUCUGCAGCCGGCACCCCCUCCUCCCCCCCAGCAGCAGAUGAUCCAGAUCCACCAGCCUGCUGUGUCUGCAGCCUCGGCUACCUCCCUCACCACAGUACAACACCUCAUCCAGCAGCACCAUGCUGCUCAGGCUGCAGCCAUGGGCAUCCACCCACACGGACCCCACCCGCACCCCCAGUUAGCCCAGGUUCACCACAUCCCCCAGCACCACCUCACCCCCAUCUCCCUGUCUCACCUGGGCCACUCUCUAGGCCACACUCUGGGCCACCAGUUGGGAGUGGGACACGCUGGACUGAUCCCUGCCCACCACACGGCCUUCCUCUCUGGCCAGCCCAUACACAUUAUCCCAGCCUCAGCACUUCAUCACCACAGCCCCUUAGCCCUCCACCACAUACCACACUCAUCCCUCUACCCAACGCUGUUCGCCCCCCGGCACACUAACGCCGCUGCGGCAGCCGCACUACAGCUCCACCCCUUCCUGCACCCCAUUUUCUCAGGGCAGGACCUCCAGCACCCCCCUAACCACGGCUCCUGAGAAAGACCUUCACUAGAGCCAUGUGUCCACAUCAGAGGAGGGUUUUGGCCAGAGCAGGCCUGGUUAAACAUCUGAGUUAACAUGGAGAGAGGGAGGUGUAGUGGCAGCAGGUGAUUAUGAGAAUAUCAUCAAAAUGGCCACCAUUAGACCACUGGCCAGACAGAGGUGCUGUGAUAUGCUGCCUGUGCAGAGGUAAACAACAGACAUUUACUGUGGGCUCUUUGAAUGGACCCCUCCUAACAGUUGCCUGACAUUCACCCUGAGGUUUCUGGACAGGGUGGAGGAGGGUUUGAGGCAACCUCAAAUCUAAGACGGCAGUUUGUUUUGAAUGGUAAUCCAGUUUUUUUUUUUUUAUUAAAAAAAUAGAAUCAGAAACCUCUGAGUAUUUUUUUUGUCCCACAGUUUAUAACUGAUUGUUGCUGUCAAUGUUCUUCUUUGUUUUUACAGCCAAAGAGACACAGUGGCUGAAGCCAUAAGCAGGAUGGUGUUGUGGGAAAAGAAAGGAAAGGGGAGAUGAGAUGGGGACAAGGGGGGGUUUAGGGUGACAUCCAUGACUGGAAACAGCCUUGACUUUGUAAUGUAAUCUGGUGGCUCUAGUCUACUGCCUAAAUUCUGUUGUCAUUAAUAUCUAAUGUUUUCACAUGACUACUUGCUCUAUUCAUGACCCGUAAUAUUCACCAACAAUUUGUAAUACGGUAUAGUGUACAUAGAUCACUGAGCAAUGUGAAGUAUCCCUCUAAUAUGAUGGGCAUUUAAGGGAUGUUCUUUAUUACUGACUAAUGAAUUGUUACCCAUAAGGAAAUGAAAAUGGUCACUGGUGGGGGAACACCGAUAAGAGGUUGGGCAAAGCUCAUGUUUUAUUGGAGGUACUGUGGGGGGGGUCACACCCUGCUGUAGGGUUAAAGGUCAUGUUGUUCCAAGUGGUAGUGGUUGUAUUUUGAAAUGACUUGCACUGAAAUCUGUACAUCAAGAUGCUGCUUUCGCAUCAUGUAACAAAUGUAUGAUUGUAGUAUACUGCAAUAAUUGUAUUUUUUUUGUUUCUAAAUUAUUUUCCAAAAUGCUCCUCAAUGUUUUUCCUCGUGUCAUUUUUGCUCAAUGUAAAUAAAAUUGCUGUAGUUAACCCCAA